AUGGCUGGGCUGGAGGUUGCGGCAGCGCCCGGAGCAUUGGCCCGCGAGGUGCACAGUCUGUCGGAGUACUUCAGCCUGCUGACCCGUGCACGUAGAGAUGCGGGCCCACCGCCCGGGGGCGCCCCCCGCCCCUCCGAUGGCCACCUGCGGCCCCCAGCCGAGCAGCUAGUGCCCCACGACGUGUUCAUUGCCGUCAAGACCACCAAAAAGUUUCACCGCGCACGCCUCGACCUGCUGCUUGAGACCUGGAUCUCGCGCCACAAGGACAUGACGUUCAUUUUCACCGACGGGGAAGAUGAAGCCCUGGCCAGGCACACGGGCAACGUGGUCAAUACUAACUGCUCAGCUGCCCACAGCCGCCAGGCUCUGUCCUGCAAGAUGGCUGUGGAAUACGACCGCUUCAUCGAGUCAGGGAGGAAGUGGUUCUGCCAUGUGGACGAUGAUAACUACGUCAACGUGCGGGCUCUCCUGCGACUGCUGGCCAGCUUCCCGCACACCCAGGACGUGUACAUAGGCAAGCCCAGCCUGGACAGACCCAUCCAGGCCACUGAGCGGGUCAGCGAGAACAAGAUGCGCCCUGUCCACUUCUGGUUUGCCACUGGCGGAGCUGGCUUCUGUAUCAGCCGUGGACUGGCCCUGAAGAUGAGUCCCUGGGCCAGCGGCGGUCACUUCAUGAGCACAGCUGAGCGGAUCCGGCUGCCGGACGACUGCACCAUCGGCUACAUCGUGGAGGCCCUGCUGGGUGUGCCUCUCAUCCGGAGCGGUCUCUUUCACUCGCACCUGGAGAACCUGCAGCAGGUGCCUACCUCUGAGCUCCGGGAACAGGUGACCCUGAGCUAUGGCAUGUUUGAAAACAAGCGGAAUGCUAUCCACAUGAAGGGACCCUUCUCGGUGGAGGCUGACCCAUCCAGGUUCCGCUCCAUUCACUGCCACCUGUACCCGGACACACCCUGGUGUCCCCGAACUGCCAUCUUCUAGGAGCUGCAGCUGAGACCCUGUCCCUGGGCGCCCCUGGUAUCCAAAGGGCCCAGGGACCCUGUUGUGCUGCCCUGGCCUUGGCAUUCGAGGCUCCCCCAGGGCUGUGCCACGCACGUGUUUAUAGUGUCCCCUUUGUGUAGCAGGCUGCUGGGCAGUUCUGCUCUGCUGGGGAGGAGCAGUCACAAGUGCCACUUGUCUGCCUUUCCCAGCUCUUCAGGUCUGCGGGCUCCACAGCCCAUGUGCAGACCUCUGUACAUCAGAGGUCGUUCUGAGGACAGUUUUACUGUUACUGUUCUGAGGUCUUUGGGAUGCUCCGUAGGAUGUACAGGUGUCUUUAUAUUCCUGCUGCAUGCAGGCCCUGUGCUGGGGCCCCUGCACCCUAAGAUCCUGACUCUUGCCCUAGAACCCCUAGAAUAGCUGGGCCAUGCUCAGAACAAGAAAAAUGGGUUCUGGGGUGAGUGGCCUGGGUCCCCUCCUCCCCUGAGCUAUAGCCCGGGCACUCUGUGGCUCCGAGGAAUAGCAGCCACUCACUGUCUGGGCACAGGGGCCCCACCAAGUCUCCAGUGGCCAUGUGGCUAGGGGAAGAGUGACUUCCUUCCCUGCCCUCCUGGGUAGUGGGGGUGUCUUCCCUUUGUCUCCUCGUAUUGGGGAGUCAGAGCUAAGCAUUUAUCUCCUCUCCAAAGUAGAGAGAAAGUCACCCAUAGUGGGUGUGUCUGUAAAUAUUGUGACAGUAUUUUUUUACUGUGCUUGUUUUUCUAAAGAGGGUGGGUAAAAAGUAGGGUGUAUUUGUCUUUUGGGGGUAGGGGAGGGUGUUAUUUUAUCUUUUCUGUGGAUCAGAAAAAGCAGAAGCCAAACUUGGGGUAAUCUUUGUUUUUAAAGUUGAUGGAAAUGUCUGACACUUUAUGUAUUUAUGUGUCCCAACAUCUGGAUUCUCCCUGCCCUCCUCUUGCAUAUUUCUUCUCCUGGGGCCCAGUUUGCUCACCUGGCCUCCAAGCUGUGUUGUGUCUUCUGUUUUUCUUUCUGCAAAGACUUAGCUGGGGAAGCAAACGAUAAGGGAAAAGUUCUCAGGGAAUUGAAGUGUGGUUGCUAUGGUGACAUCCUUUGCUGUGAAUAAAGGUGCU